CAGCCAGUCUGUGUAGCCAGCUGAGUGCGUGUGUGUGUGUGUGUGUGUUGGCGCUUCCAUCCCUGACCCGUCUGCUGCCACCAACUCCACCGACUGCUCUCCGCGCACGUCUCCACCGCCGCUCCUCCUGUUUAACCCGGGGAGAGUCACAACCUUCUGCUCGCCCCAAACAUGUUUCGAAACCCAUGGAUCUCUAGCUUCCAUGUGGACCAGCCCAAUGGCCAAGGAUUUGGAUCCCAAGCUCCCAGCAAACUUUCAAAUUCAACGUCGCUGCCAACAGAAGCCUUGAGUUUUGAUAGUGACGUCUCCUUGGGCGAAAAGGCCGCUCUGGUCAAGAGUGUCUCGGACACUGAUGCCAAACUUCUCUACGUCCUUCCUAAAGUUUCAGAGUUGAAGAAAUACUUUGAAGGGUCUGUGGAGGCAGAGUUAGAGAUGAACAGGAAGGAAAGAAUAGCUCGCCGCCUGGAAGGCAUUGAGAACGAUGCCCCGCCAGCUCUGCUACCCGGUGGUUUGGUAGCUAACCGAAUGCUUGAAGAGGAUCCCCCCAGGUACACGCGUGCCACGGACCCCUGCGAGCCAUGUGUGAUGGUGAGGCGCUACAGUCGAGAGGAGCUGGAGGGCCCCCAAAAACAAGUGUCAUCGCCCCAAAGAUCGUCACAUAUGAAAGGCGGUGUUGCAAGGCCUGAUCCAAUGUUGGUGCAUGUGGACCCUGUGACCUUGUCCACCUCCUCAACACCGACGUCCGGUGCUGCAGACCCGGCAAGUCUCAGCUCCAAAGCUGAGCGUAUCGCUCGCUACAAAGCAGAGCGUCGACGCCAGCUUUCAGAGCGAUACGGCAUCCUCUUAGACCAGGAACCGGAUGUUGAUUUUACGCCACGGCAUCGGUCACGACGGGACCGCGAGGCUUCCGAGCGGCAACCACCCAGCCGGCAAGAGCCUGCAGAAGCGGAGGAGGCGGGCAAGGACCAAAGAGUGCCGUAUCGAUCUGGGAUAGGGAGGGUUUACAUGAGGACUCAGCAAGACCCUGCAGACACCUCUAGCCCAACCCGCACAACCCAAGCGCCACCACCAGUUCAAGAACGGUCAAGUAGGUUUUCCGACCGGGAGAGAGCGAUGAACAUGGAGAACUUUCGACGUGGUGGAGCUCCAGAGCGCCAAAGCCGAUCCCAGCCACCACCUAAACAGCAGGCAGAGGUCGCCCACCAGGAGCUGAGUCCAACCUCCACGAGGGACAACAGAGUCGUGGCAGUGCCAAGCUCCCCACGCACCGCUCGACGGGCCUCCCUGCCUUCCACCCGCUAUGGCCUCUCACCUGGGGAUUUGUUUAUCGAGCAGCAGGCGCAGAGCAUCCUCAACAGGCAGGGAAUCAGGGUAAGGGAACGAUUAUCCAGAGAUGAAACUGAGUGGAGUCCAGACAGAAACCAGGCUAUCAGAAACCAAGCACCUGUGAACACCUUGCACUACACACCACAGGGUUCAGAACCCACCGGGCAAAGGCUGGUGUCCCACGUUCAAUACAGCCAAGCUCCACAAGUACGGGGACAGAUGACCUUCCCGCCCGUCGCCCCUGUGUACCAUCAAGGCAGUCCCGCCCUGGAUGACUCCCACUUAGCCAUGCCCGGACCAGGAUCCGCCAGGAGAUUGCCUGGGCCUCCUGAGGUGCCUCGAAGAAGGGUGAGCGCUGAUCAAAUCUACGCCGCCCAUAGAGAGGCGAGGUUGGAAGCCAGGCAAGCUCUGAGAGACGAAGCACACACAGAGGGCUUGCUCAAGAGCAGGAAGGCAGUGCUGCCCUCGGAAAUCCGCCGCACGGAAAAGAGUGUGGAUGAUCCACCCAGGGGGCAGAAUGAGGCUACGGAGGUCCAACCCUACAGCCCAGAACGGAGAAGAAUGACUCAAGAGGAGGAAGACUGGCAACGUCUGAGAGAGAGGGGAAGGGAGCGUAAUGUUGAAAGAAUCAUAGAGAGGGGAAGAGAAGGACAAACCCAAGCAGAGAGAGUGUUCAGAGCUACGCAAUCCUCACAUGUAGCUGAGGCUCAGAGGCCCAGACAGCAGCAAGCAUCAGAACCUGUACAACCCCACGAUGUACAGCAACAAGAACCCAGAAGCAGGCUAGCUUCACAUGCACGACAGGAGCAGCAGAGACAGUCGCACAUCUCCAUGAGGCAACCCCAACAACCCCAGAGACCACAGCCGACUCGGCAGAGGGAAACGGAAGACCUUCAAAGGCUCUACAUGGAGCGGCACGGACAAUCGGAACAGCAGGUGCCAGACUACCAGCAGAAGAGCGCCUCCUUGCCUCAGGCCAAACCAAGAACUCAGGAGAUGAGUGAAGGUCCGAAACCCAAGAUGAGAAACCGCUCCAUGUCUGACAUUGGCAUCAGCCAGCAUUCAACCAUGUACCGCAUGGAGCGGGCAGCGGCGAGGCGAGAGGCUGCGAGGGCCGCCGCUUCAUCUGGGAUGGCUAAUGGCGAUAUGGGCACCCUGGACACCAGAGUAUCUGUCGCUCAACUUCGACACUCCUAUUUAGAGAAUGCCAACCGGAAGCCUGAGUUCGAGACAACAAAAGUAGAUCUGGCAGCCAUGGGAGUAGAGCCGGCGAGCGGCAGCGACCGGGACUCCGGUCCUCGAAGACCUCGCCGGUAUAUAACCCCAGGAGAGAGUCGCAUGGCGGAGAGGUUCAGGACUCAGCCCAUCACCUCUGCAGAACGUUUGGAGACCGACAGAUCUCGCCUCAGCCCCUCCCAGCUACAGGACACUGAAGGGGAUGAAGAGAAACUAGACGAGAGAGCGAAGAUGAGUGUAGCAGCCAAGCGGUCUCUCUUCAGGGAGCUGGAAAGAACCUCGGAUGGAAGCGUUCCCAAGCCACGCUCACGGAACGCUGCGGUGGAACGACGCCUCCGGAGAGUCCAGGACCGCUCUCACACUCAACCUGUCACCAGCAAGGAGGUGGACAGUGCUAACAGUGACGCUGCCUCGGCGUCGUGUCUCACCGGCAGCCAGGACGCUGCGGCCCGCGUCCCCAGCCCAACUGCUGUUAGCACUAGCGUGACCAGCAUCAGUGUCCAGGAUCCGUCCCAGCCCGGCUCAGCUGCCCAGGAGCAGGAAGUCCCGGAGAAUCAGAAGCUCCAACAACCGGUUCCCGUGUCCCAGGUGGAAGGAGAGAGUCAGGCGGCCGUCCCGGACGAACCGGACUUGUCCUCUCUCAGCUUGAGCGAGAAGAUGGCGCUGUUCAACCGCCUCGCCCAUCUGCCUGACAAAGCCUCCGAACAGACGCGAGGGGACAGUCGCCAGCGGAGGGCCAACGCCCGCUUCCAGACCCAGCCCAUCACCCAGGGAGAAGUGGAGCAGGAGCCGUUUAGUCAGACCCAGUCCAGACAAGACGACCAUCUGAAAAAUGGUGUGGAGAUCAAGCUGGAGCCGCUGUCUGCCUCCCUGAUGCGCUCCGUCGCCGCCGUCCCCUCCCAGGCUUCUGUCACAUCUGUUGCCAUGACAACCGGCGUGACUGACGACGCCGGUCGCCAUCCAGAGAAACUCACCGCCGUCCCCCGCCUCCCCGUCCAGCAGCCGCCCCACACAGACCACCAGGAGAGGACGCUGCGGUACUUCUCCAUGACCCAGAGCGGGGACCCCAUCAGGCCUCCACCCAACCCCACGCUCCUCCCUGAGAGCAGAGAGAGACCGGGGGCUUCUACUACUACGGCCGUCAGGAGGCGGGGGGAGGAGAGCUGGCGAGAGCAGCCGGAGGAGGAGGUGAGGGGGAGACGGCAGGGAGGAGCCAGAGAGACUGAGAGAGACCGGGUCGGACGGCAGCAGCAUCACCAGCCCUUGCCGUGGAGGGAGCAGCCGGAGCCAAGAGCAGCAGGGCGAGACCCCCAGGACGUCAGGGGGGAGCGAGGACAGGGAGGACACCUGAGAGAGGCGGCGCACACCUCAUCGCAGGGGCUCGGCCAGAGCGUCCCAGAGUCUAAGGAGCAGCCUGCACCUGUGAAGCCUCUCAUCGCCAAGGUAUCUUCCAGGACGGUGUCUCACGUGCCAAGCAGCCCCCAGCAACAGGCGCCCGUCAUCCCGCCUCCUCAAACACUUCCGAAAACGUUCACGCAGCAGCCGCCUCCCACUCAGCCGAAGCCUCCCUCGCACAUCCAGCCCCCGCCGACGUUUCCCAAACCGCAAGGGUUCGUCCAGCCUCUGCCCAAGCCGUACACCUACGCCCCGCCGCCGGCCGCGCCCCAGGCCCUGCCCCAGGCCCUGCCCCAGGCCCUGCCCCAGGCCCUGCCCCAGGCCCCGCUCCAGGCGCCUCCACAGACGCCACCCAAGCCUCAGUCCUUCCCACAGCCACUGGUCAAGUCCCAGUCCCUGCCCCUGGAGCAGAGCGAGGACUUCAGCCGACAGAGCGUCCUUUCCAGCGAGCUGCUGUCCCCCACUGAGUCCGGGGAGCGAUCGCUCAGCAUGUCCGGCAAGCAGAUGUCCAUCAGGGAGAGAGUGGCCCUGCUGAAGAAGAGCGGCGAGGAGGACUGGAAGAACAGGAUCAAUAAGAAACAAGAGGUGGUGAAAGCAGCGUCCACUGAGCAGCCGCCGCCACCGCCGCAGCCGUGGGAGGCGGAGCCAACCCAACAGAAGGACGAAGGGGUGUCGGUUCCAGACCAGUCUGCUGUGUCUGAGCACUUGUGGGAGCCUGUCUUCUCCUCCACUUUCACUCCUUCCAUCUCACUGGGCCUCAAGUGUCAGUAUGUGGACCACCACAGCCAGAAAGCGGACGAUGAAAGUGAGGCGCAGAUGACCAUCGAGGAGAGGAAGCAGCUGAUCUCCGCUCGGGAGGAGGCCUGGAAGACAAAGGGCAAAGGAGCCGCCAACGACUCCACGCAGUACACGGUGGCCGCGCGGAUGGUCAAGAAAGGCCUGGCAGCAUCCUCCUCCGUCAUCAGUCCCAUCCUGUCGCCGGUGUCCACUAAAGCCAAGAGCACGCCGGCCGUCACCAAACCACAAGAAGAAAUCGAAGCCAGACCUGACAUGGAGUCUGACAAGAAGCUGGACAAGUUGGAGAACUUCUUGGGACGAAUCAAUAGCAAAGUUGCUGGUCUGCAGGAAACCACCCUCACGGUGACGGAGAAGGCGGUGAAGGAAGUGAUGAAGCUGGACGACGAGAUCUUCUCCAAGUUCUACCGACGGGUGGCGGAGUUCCCGCGCCUGCCCACCAGGAUCGAGAUCAGCGAGGACUUCGAUGCCAUCUUCGGUUCUCAGAGUCCCAUGUUGGCCUCGGCCAUGGUGCGGCACAAGCGCUCGGUGCGUCCGUCCAGGAACGUCCAGGCGUCCAGGAACCCUCUGAAGAUGCUGGCGGCCAGAGAGGACCUGCGGCAGGAGUACACCGAGCAGAGGCUGAACGUGGCGCAGCUGGAGAGCAAGAGGAUGAGGAGCGAGAAGAUGAACAAAACCUCGGAGUAUUCAGAGGCGGCUCUGGCUGGACUCGCCAGUAAAGAGAACUUCAGCAGCGUGAGUCUGCGCAGCGUCAACAUGGCGGAGCAGGCGUCCAACAACAGCGCCGUGCCGUACAAGAGCCUCAUGCUGAUGCAGGUCAAAGGUCGGCGACACGUUCAGACUCGGCUAGUCGAGCCAAGAGCGUCUUCGCUCAACAGCGGCGACUGCUUCCUGCUGGUGACUCCGGAGAACUGCUUCGCCUGGAUCGGGGAGUUCGCCAACGUCAUUGAGAAGGCGAAGGCGAUGGACCUGGCCACGUUCAUCCAGUCGCAGAAGGACAUGGGCUGCAGGGCGAGCAGAGUCCAGACCAUUGAGGAAGCGGUCGGCAGCCAGGGCCCGGACGCGCAGGAGUUCUGGACGGUCCUGGGAGGACAGUCUUCUUACCAGCCCGCAGGCCCGCCGGAGGACGACGAGCAGUUCGAGAGCGCCAUCGUGGAGACCAACUGCAUCUUCCGCCUCCUGGACGACAAGCUGGUCCCGGACGACGACGAGUGGGGGAAAGUUCCUCGCUGCUCGCUCCUGGCACCGAAAGAGGUGCUGGUGUUCGACUUCGGCAGCGAGGUCUACGUGUGGCACGGGAAAGAGGUGACGCUGGCCCAGCGGAAGGUCGCCUUCCAGCUCGCCAAGCACCUGUGGAACGGCACGUUUGACUACACCUGCUGUGACAUCAACCCGCUGGAUCCUGGGAGCUGCAACCCGCUCAUACCCAGAAAAGGUCAAGGUCGACCCGACUGGGCCGUUUUCGGGAGGCUGACCGAGCACAACGAGACGGCGCUGUUCAAAGAAAAGUUCGCCGACUGGACUGAGGCGAAGACGCCGCCUCCGCCAAAGGAAGCCGCGGAGCCGGUGCCAGAGCAGAAGAGUCAGGCUCAGGCGGCGGCAGGAAGAGAGUGUCGGCCGUACGACGCCUCGCUGAUGCUGCCCGUCCUGCAGACCUGCAUCUCCACCAUCCUGGACGGGCUCAACGUCGGCAGAGGCCACGGCCCCGUGGAGAGCGAGGACCACAUGAGGAUUCAGGAGAUCAACACCGUCUCUGUGGACGUCUGGCACAUCCUGGAGUUCGACUACAGUCGUCUUCCUCGGCAGAGCAUCGGCCAGUUCCACGAGGGCGACGCCUACGUGGUGAAGUGGAAGUACACGGUCAGCACCUCAGGUCGGUCCACCAGCGAGUCACCUGCCACAUGUCACCGCUGGCCUCUCACCUUCGGGCCCGGGAAGGAGAAGUGCUGCUACUUCUUCUGGCAAGGACGACACUCCACCGUCAGCGAGAAGGGCACGUCGGCGCUGAUGACGGUGGAGCUGGAUGAGGAGCGAGGAGCGCAGGUGCAAGUCCAGCAGGGGAAGGAGCCUCCGUGUUUCCUGCAGUGCUUCAGCGGCGGUAUGAUCGUGCACGCGGGCAAGAGGGAGGAGGAGGAGGAGAACACGCAGAGCGAGUGGCGGCUGUACUGCGUGAGAGGCGAGGUGACGGCGGAGGGACACCUGCUGGAGGUGGCGUGUCACUGCAGCAGCCUGCGCUCCCGGGCCUCCAUGAUCCUGCUGAACAUCAACAAGGCCGUCAUGUUCCUGUGGCACGGCUGCAAGACCCAGCUGCACACCCGCAGCGUCGGCCACACGGCGGCGCACAAGAUCAAAGAGCUGUGUCCCCUGGAGGCCGGGCUCCACAGCAGCAGCAAGGUGACCAUCCACGAGUGUGACGAAGGGAUGGAGCCGCCCGGGUUCUGGGAGGCUCUGGGGAGGAAAGACAGGAAGGCGUACGACUGCAUGCUGCAAGAUCCAGGCAAAUUUAACUUCACCCCGAGGCUCUUCCAGCUGAGCAGCACUUCCGGGGAGUUUGUGGCGACCGAGUUCUUCAACCCGUCGCGAGCUCCCGAGCUGGUCUGCUCUCUGCCCUUCCUGCAGGAGGAGCUUUACAACGCAGCACAACCAGCCUUGUUCCUGGUGGACAACUUCCACGAGGUCUACCUGUGGCAGGGCUGGUGGCCUCAGGACAGCGAGAGCACGGGCUCCGCAAGAAUCCGCUGGGACGUCGACAGGAAGUGUGCGAUGGAGACGGUGCUGCAGUACUGCAAAGAAAAGGGCGACAAAAAGACCCAGAAGUCGUAUCUGAUCCACGCGGGACUGGAACCUCUGACCUUCACCAACAUGUUCCCCAGCUGGGAGCACCGGGAGGACGUGGCCGAGAUCACAGAGAAGGAGGCUGAAGUGUGUAACCAGAUCAUCCUGGUGGAGGACGUGUUGGCCCGGCUCAGUCAGAACAUCUACCCUCUGGCCCAGCUGCAGAGCCGGCCCCUGCCGGAGGGAGUGGACCCGCUCCGCCUGGAGAUCUACUUGUCCGACCAGGACUUUGAGAGCAAGUCUUAGACGGAUGCAGCUCGCUUUAGAAAUGACAAGAGAAGAGUACGACCGCCUGCCGGCGUGGAAGCAAGUGAACCUGAAGAAGUCGAAAGGACUGUUUUAAGGAAGUUUUGAGGAUAUAAUCCAACACUGUGACGACAACUGGAGAGGAGAAAGGACGACGAGGCUGGAGACCCCCGCUCAUCUGUGCUGUUACGACGUAGAAACGAAAGCCAUGUUCUGACCGUGUACCUGCCCCUGUGGAAGCCAGUGACUCCCCGCGUCCGAGUGCCAAGCUGUGUGACUGUAUAUAUUGUGUUGUUUUUAAUACAUGUGCGCGUUUAUAACUCUCCAGUGAAGGCCACAAAAGCCUGUCGUUCCUCAGCGUGACGGAGACGUGAGAGAGAAGCUGUAUCUAAAUAUCGACGGGAUGACGGAUGGAUCGAUGAGUUGGAUUGUAUAGUGCCUUGCUUUUUGUGUACAGUUUAUAUACAGAAAUUCUAGUCUGCAUUUCUAAGAACUUUGUGAUAAAAGAAAUAGAUGCUGA